AUAUAGAUCACCAUAGUGACAAAGAAGAUAUAAAGUCCAACCAUUCCCUCCUGAUUAUCAUCUUCUCCUUCUCUUCUCCUUUUAAAAUCUUUACACCGAUAAUGAACGCUCCAAUGCCAACAGUCUUCUCCUAUCGAACCAUCAACUCCAUCAAAAUGAUGCUCCUCCGCCUCCUCGUCGCAAUCUUCUUCCACCUCCCCACAGUCCUUUCCUUUCCCCAAAUCCGCACUCACGCUCAUCGUCACAACACGAGCGUGGAAAUCGAUCCUCCUCUACCAACAACAAUCCAUCUCAUCCCUCUCCCGAUCCCUCCAACAACAUCCUUCCCAACACCAACAACAACCUCAGAUCCCUGGACAGACAUGUGCAAACCCGGCGCCGAAUGCGACUGCACCCGCAUCCCAGAUAAAAACGGCGACGAAUACUUCCAAUGCGUCACCAAUCCCCUCUGCGAUCACUGCUGGAUCAACGUCACCACAAUUCAUCCAACUCCUCCAAUUCCUCCUGCGACGAACCUCUUUAGCACGGACUAUCGCACGCUUUUGCCGGGGACGUAUACUAGCUCUGAGGAUGGGACGGCGCAUGUCGUGGUUGUGCAGCCUUCGCAGCGUGUUACGACGAGGUUUGUGACUUUGACGCGGACGAGUUAUGUGACGCUUUCUGUGACGCCUUCGUGCGAUUGUUUCUUCACGCGAUAGUUUGAGGGCGGUGGGUUUUGGGGGGUGACUGUUGAGGGGAAGUGAUGAAGUGUGCUUUGGAUUUUCAGGGAUAAGGAGAAGAGGAUUCAACUAUGAGCCAGAAGCAGUCAUUCUUUUGUUUGGAUUGCCCGAGUAAUAUCAAGUCCAAGUAUGCAAAAGGAGAAAAAGAACAGCAGACUGAGAUCUAGAUAUAACACGACUAUCUCCUCCUAAUACUUAAUGUCGCUCUUCACAUCAAUUACAUCACUACUUUGCACUCAGACACAUUCUUACAAGUUCUCUUCAACGUAAUCCAUCAAUCAUCUCAUACAUCCUCUAGUAUACAAGUCAAGUUACACAGAAGUAUUUU